ACUAGUACACUCCAAAACACAACCCAACUGGCAUACCACAUAUUUUGGAUCCAUAUAUUCACAUAAUUUAGAUAGGAAAAAGCACUUGCUUUCAUUGGUUGCAACCUGCAAAAUGAAGGAAAAAGAAUCCAAGUUCUUGAAAAGAUAAACCCAAUAUUCUAUGAGAUUAUAGCAGUAUAAAUACCACUCAAAACUCAACAUAUGUUCCAUAUCCUAUCAUAAACAAGAAAAACUAACCCCUUCACCAAUGGAGUUACUCUCUACUAUCUUCUCUUUUCUCCUUUUCCUUCUACCAAUCCUGGCUUCUUCUUCAGAAACCCAGGUUUAUAUAGUGUACUUUGGAGCACAUAAAGGAGAUAAAGCAUUGCAUGAGAUUGAAGCUUAUCAUCAUUCUUAUUUGGCUUCUGUUAAAGAAACAGAGGAAGAGGCAAAAGCAUCUCUGCUAUAUAGUUACAAGCAUGCUAUCAAUGGCUUUGCUGCUAGGCUUACCCCUGCUCAAGCUUCCAAACUAUCCCAAUUAGAGGAAGUUGUAUCGGUGUUUAGAAGCCAUCCAAGGAAGCAUAAAAUGCAUACAACAAGGUCAUGGGAAUUUGUUGGAUUGGAAGAAGGAAUUAAAUCACAAUUGCAUUUCCAAGCUGAGAAGAGUCAAGAUUUGUUGACAAAAGCCAAGUUUGGUCGCAAUAUCAUUGUUGGGGUCUUCGAUAGUGGGUUUUGGCCUGAGUCAAAGAGUUAUAGUGACGAAGACAUGGGACCAAUCCCUAAAUCAUGGAAAGGCAUCUGCCAAACUGGAGAUUAUUUCAAUUCCUCUCAUUGUAAUAGGAAAGUGAUAGGAGCUCGAUACUACAUUAAAGACUACGAGCAUUAUUACGGUCCACUAAACCGAACCUUGGACUCCCUCUCCCCUCGUGACAAAGACGGCCACGGCACUCACACCAGCUCCACCGUAGGAGGCCGAACUGUCACAGACGCCUCUUUCAUGGGGUCCUUAGCUAGGGGAACAGCCUCAGGUGGGGCCCCACUAGUCCACCUUGCAAUCUACAAGGUAUGCUGGGCCAUUCCAGGAAAAGACAAGGUAGAAGGGAACACUUGUUUUGAGGCAGACAUGUUAGCUGCCAUGGAUGAUGCUAUCCAUGACGGCGUACAUGUCAUGAGCAUUUCCAUUGGGACUACGAAGGCGAUGUCGUAUUCUCAGGAUGGGAUUGCUAUUGGUGCGUUGCAUGCUGUGAAGAAGGGGAUUGUGGUGGCUUGUAGUGCGGGGAAUGCUGGGCCGCAACCUGCAACGUUGUCUAACCCUGCGCCAUGGAUUAUUACUGUUGGUGCUAGUAGUUUGGAUAGGAAGUUUUCUGCUCCUGUUAUCCUAGGAGAUGGAUCAGUUAUUGAGGGCGAGACAAUCACUACGCAUCACUUGGAGAAUGUCACCUAUCCACUAGUUUACGCUGGAGAUAUUAUUGUACCCAACGUAACCCAAGAAUUAGCUGGGCAAUGCCUUCCAAAUAGUCUAUCACCAAAGAAGGCAUAUGGAAAGAUAGUGUUUUGCUUAAGAGGAAAUGGAACUAGAGUUGGUAAAGGUAUGGAGGUUCUACGAGCAGGAGGUAUUGGCUACAUCUUGGGCAAUGCAAAAGGCCAAGGCGAAGAUAUAUCUGCCGAUCCCCAUGUUCUUCCUGCAACCGCUCUUGGUGAAAGUGGCGCCUUUAAAAUCCUCGACUACAUCAAAUCCACCAAACAUCCGGCAGCUAAGAUCCUCCCAGCCGCCACAGUCGUUGGCACAUCACCAGCACCUUUCAUGGCUUCUUUUACUAGUCGCGGACCUAAUGUUAUUGAUCCAACUAUUCUUAAGCCUGACAUUACAGCACCAGGAUUGAACAUAUUAGCAGCUUGGAGUGAGGCAGAUUCACCAACUAAGUUAGGUGCAGAUGACAGGAGAGUGCAAUGGAAUAUAUACUCAGGAACAUCUAUGUCUUGCCCUCAUGUAUCCGCUGCUGCAGCACUCCUCAAAGCUAUCCAUCCUACUUGGAGCUCUGCUGCCAUUAGAUCAGCUCUUAUUACCACAGCUGGACUAAACAACAAUAAUGGAUCACUAAUAACAGAUUCUAGCGGCAAACUUGCAGACCCGUUUCAGUAUGGAGCAGGUCACCUCCGACCCACAAAGGCUGCAGACCCAGGUCUUGUAUAUGAUGCCACAUACACUGACUACUUAACCUACCUAUGUAGUUUAGGGAUGCCAAAUUUCGACUCGUCUUUCAAGUGUCCAAAACAUUUACCAAAGACAAAUGACCUAAACCAUCCAUCCCUAGCAAUCUCCAAGCUGAAUGGAAGUAUAACAGUAACCAGGACAGUAACAAAUGUUGGUAAAGGUAAAAGUCAUUACUUUGCAUCAGUGAAACCACCAAUGGGGUACAGUGUCAGAAUCAUACCAAAUACUUUGAUGUUCAAAAAUAAGGGACAGAAGAAGAGUUUCACCAUCACAGUUGAAAAGGAGAAGGAUUUGAUUACUAAUGGUCAGGAAGUGAGUGGACAAGAGUAUGAAUUUGGGUGGUUGACUUGGCUUGAUGGAACUCAUACAGUGAGAAGUCCUAUGGUUGUUUCUUCUGUAUAAAGCUAGAAGAAAGUUCAGAUUUAGAGGGCUAUAUUUCUUAUAUAUCAUCUGAACUGAAAGACAGUUUAGAUGUUUUGAUUUACAAUAGAAAUGAGUAAGGAUUUGAUAAUAGAAUGUUUACUAAUAGUAUAAUUUGAUCAAUCUUAAGUUAAGGCUUUGUGUUAUACAGUUUCUUAAUCAUUAGUAAAAUGUCAAGCUCGUUUGAAAUGUUAUAUAUGACAAGUUAAUUUAGUAAUUGAUCUGAUUUUGUCAUCCAAUUCUCUUACAGAAUAAACAGAUAUUCAUCAUAACAAUUUUAAAAGC